AUGGGUAAAGAUUACUAUAAAAUAUUGGGAAUAUCAAAAGGCGCGUCUGAUGACGACAUAAAGAAAGCGUACCGAAAGUUGGCACUCAAGUACCAUCCGGACAAGAAUAAAGCAGCUGGUGCCGAGGAGAGAUUUAAGGAAGUUGCAGAGGCGUACGAGGUAUUAUCAGACAAGAAGAAACGUGAGAUCUACGAUGCUCACGGCGAGGAAGGCCUCAAGGGAGGAAUGGGCUCACAUAAUGGGCCUGGUGGUGGCCAGUCGUUCUCGUACACGUUCCACGGAGACCCGAGGGCGACGUUCGCACAGUUCUUCGGUUCUGCGAGCCCGUUCCAAGCAUUCUUCGAUCUAAAUGGCGGUGGUGGAGGCCCGACGAUGUUCUUCGACCGUGACAUGGAUGUUGAUAUGGAUCCGUUUUCAAACAUGGGAAUGGGUACAGCGAGAGCGGGUGGACCAGGAGGAGCUUUCCGUAGUCACAGUUUCAACUUCCAUGGAUCUCCCAGCCGAAAAGAGAAGACCCAAGACCCGCCUAUUGAACACGAUUUAUACGUAUCACUUGAAGAUAUCGCCCGUGGUUGUGUAAAGAAGAUGAAGAUUUCGCGCCGCGUGUUACAGCCAGACGGCACGUCGAAAAAGGAAGACAAAGUGCUGACAAUCCAUGUGAAACCUGGUUGGAAGGCUGGCACAAAGAUCACUUUCCAGAAGGAAGGCGACCAGGGUCGCAAUAAGAUCCCUGCAGACAUCGUGUUCAUCAUCAGAGACAAGCCCCACCCACUUUUCAAGAGAGAAGGCAGUGACAUCAGAUAUACAGCCAAGGUUUCAUUAAAACAGGCACUGUGUGGCACUAUCAUCGAAGUACCAACCAUGUCAGGGGAAAAGUUGACGGUCAACCUUCAAGCUGAGGUUGUCAAACCACACACUGUGAAGAGGUUCCCAGGAUAUGGACUACCAUUACCCAAGGAGCCGACACGGAAAGGCGACUUGCUUGUUGCAUUUGACAUCAAAUUUCCAGAUCGUCUAUCCACAAAUGUGAAAGAAAUUCUCAUGGAUACUCUACCCAAUUAG